AUGAAGGACCUCCUCCCAAUACCGGCCACCGAUCCUACCACCGCCACACCCGAUAGUCAGACGCAUACCGAUGCGGCUGGGGAUGGCCCAACCCUCUCCCAUGCUCUGGCCGCCGAGACGCGGGGGGCCCAGGGGCCAGCCCAACCAAAUAAUAACAACAGUAGUGUGGUGGAUCUGGGAUGGAACGAGAAGAAGGAAAACAUCGCAGCAUCCCCAAUUGAGGGUAUGACUAACGAGGAGCUAUGGCUUCUGGUUCGGCGGUUCAAUAAGCAAAUCUACAAUGUCAAAGCCACUCCUUACCCGCCACCUGGUGGCCUCGACUUGAACAUUGCAGAAGACGAAGAGUUCUCGCCAGAUAAGUUGCGCGCAAAUAUCGAGCGCCUCUACAUGACCGUUGGCGUCGGUCUGCUGGCGGCGUCCAAGCACGUCGCGCGGCUCCGAUCUUGGCAAGAGAGGAGACGCACCACAUACCUUGCGGGAGCAUAUUUCGUCGCAUGGGCCUUUGACUUCCUCAUGCCGCUGCUCUCAGUCGUCGUGUUGGCUUUGAUUGGCUUCCCUAGGGCUCGCGAACUGUUAUUCCCCCCCGCCCCCCUGGCUCUCGUCGACAGCAAGACUGGCGGCAUCCAGAAGCCCAAGGCCGGCGUCCUCGGCAGCCACGACAGCGCGACGGGAGCGCUCGAGAAUCACAAAGGAGAAGCAGUCGAGCAGGAAGCGAGCAACUUUGUUAGUGGCAUCGCUUCCGUUGCCAUGAGCAGCGCUGCGUAUUCGGACGAGGACCCGGGCGCAGACACGGCCCUUGAUCCGACGGCUCUGGCCACCAAAACGGCUGACGCCAGGGACAAAGCGGGGGGUGAAGAGACGGGGGCCAAGCACGACAAAACCAAGGUCCCGAUGGAAAAGGUCAUGUGGAACAAGAUGCGUCCGGUCAUGCACACGAUCGGCACCGUGGCAGACACCUGGGAGCGCCUAGCCAACGCCCUCUCCCCCAUCCCCCUAUUUCCCUCCGAAGUUUACCGUCUCCGCCUGGUCGCCAUCCUCCUCCCCCUUCUACUGGGCAGCUCCCUCUUCCUGACUCCUUACCUUGUGCUGAAAUUGCUCUCAUUCCUAGCAGGGGCCGUCUUCUUCGGUGACCCUGUCAUCUCUCGCUGCCUCGACUGGCUGAACCGGACGAUUCCGAACUGGCCGGAGCUGCUGCAGCCGCGCAACACGAUCCUCAACGGCGUCCCGACCAACGCCCAACUGACGCUGACCCUCCUCCGCCACGGCGAGGUCAACCACGCGCCCCUGCCGCCGCCGCCGCCGCCGUCGCCGCGCGUCACACCCCCGCCUCCGGACAAGCCGGCGGCCUUGUCAGAUGGCGACCUGCGCGCGGAGGCGGGCGGGGAUUCCCCGCUGGGCGUCUCGAACACGGCCGAGCUCGACUCGGCCAUCACCUACGAUCCGUCGACGAUCCCGCACGAGACCAACAACACGACGGGGCCGGAGAACCACGCCGCCGUCCGGGGUGAACGGGACCGGGACCGCGACCGCGACAGGGACAGCGCCGGAAGCGGGGCAACAACAUCCAAGCACGGCCACGGCCACGGCCACGGCCACCGGAUCCUCGGCUUCUUCAAGGGGGGCACCACCCGCGGGGCGGUCAAGACGGCCGUCGGGGCCGACAAGCUGCGCGCCAAGACGCCGGGCAGCGCGGGGGCGCGCGACCACCGGCUCGGCGUGCUGGCCCCCGGCAGGCGAAGCGGGGCCGGCGGCGGUCAGCAGCAGGAGGGUCACGGUCCGGUGCCCGCGGGCGCGGGCCCGGCCGAGUUCGAGGCGCGGUGGGAAGGGCACCGGGGCCGGGUGUACGUCUCUGCGUCCGGGGCGACGGUGCCGGUGGUGGCGUUUGGCAAGUCGUCGCCAUCGACGACGACGACGACGUCGUCGGCGGCAGGGCGGGGUGGUGCGGCCGGUGGCGGCACCGGCACCGUCGGGGAGGAGGAGGAGCUGCGGCCGAUGUGGAGCGUGCCGGCGGCGGAGGUGGUCGAGAUGCUCAAGAUUGGCGGCUACGCCUGGAAGGCGAAGCUGGUGGUGGGGUGGUCGAUGGGCACCGAGGUCAAGGACGGACUGGUCAUCCGGACCGUCGCCGGGGACGAGUACAAGAUCACGGCGGUGCCGAUGCGGGAUGAGCUGUUCAACCAGCUGAUCGCCUUGGGGGGCCAGAAGUGGGAGGCGCGGUGA